GUUACAGGACAUCUCCUCUGGGUACUGGGUGUUGGUGGUGCACUUUACCCGCAGGGAAGCGGUGAAGCAGAUCGAGGAACAGCAACAUGUGGCAACGCUCCUGGGUCGCAGCCGCGCCUGGCUGUACCUGGCACUCAAUGAGAAUUCCCUGGAGAGUUACCUGAGACUAUUCCAGGAGAACCAAAGUCUAUUGCAGAAAUACUACUACAAGAAUGCUUUGGUGUGUAGCCAUGAUCACCUCACACUCUUCCUCACGCUGGUGUCUGGCCUGGAGUUCAUCAGAUUCGAUUUGGAGAUGGAUGUUCCAUACCUGGACCUGGCUCCAUACAUGCCGGAGUACUACAAACCCCAGUACCUCCUAGACUUCGAGGACCGUCUCCCCAGCCACAUCCACGGCUCCGACAGCCUGUCCCUCAAUUCCUUCAACUCCAUCAACUCCACCAACCUGGAGUGGGACGACAGUGCCAUCGCUCCGUCCAGUGAAGAUUAUGAUUUUGGAGAUGCUUACCCCGCAGUGCCGUCCAUACCCAGCACAGACUGGGCAGACGGAGACUUCCAUGACGGUUGCAACUUUCCCUGUUCUGCACCGUUUGUGCUCGCUGGCCCCAGAACGCAUGGGAAGAGUUCAGUGCACCGGUACAAUCCAUUCACACAAGAUCUGUCAUCUUCUGAUGUCAUCCCAGGGCCAGCGGCCGAGACCCCAGACACCAGUGACCCCAUCACGCAGGACUCGGAGCUUGACGUGACUUCCUUAGAAACCACCCUGUCUUAUAGCCAGGCCCACAGGGCAGGUGAGCCCGCGUCGGACAGCACUGAUCUCAGCAACCAGGAUGCGGCCGAUGGACUGUCCACCUCCGAAUCGACGCCGGUGCACGGCGCAACCCAGAAGAAAGGAGCCAACGCCAACUUUGCUGUGUACACGGACAACACUUCUGAGCUGGAGGUCAUCAGGAUGGUCCGGAAGAAGCGAGGUGGGAAGCGCAGAAAGGGUCGCUCGGAGGACCUUGGUCAGCGCGGUCACCUCAGCACCUCUGAGCCCGAGGAGCCAGACGCCAAGCAGAAUGCCAGUGUAUGUAACGGGGAGACAGAGGAGAGGCCGAGCGACCUUACGGAGACAGCUCUUCGCCUGCCCAAGAUGCAGGACACGUCCAUGGAGCGAGUGGGCCAGCCUCUGAGGGACGUCAUUGAGAAGCUGAAUGGCCAGAUGGAUCCUCAGAGCUGGACCUCUAAUCCUGAACUCACAGACCAUUCCUUUCGGACCUGCGACCCGGGGGAGACCCCCGGUGGCAUCCAGAGCCAAGACGUUAGCCAGGGGAUACAGGAUCCCAUGGACUUCUACUACUUUACCCCAGAGAGUCCAAACACUACUGCCGCAAGUGGUGGCGACACUGACUCUCCAGGCCAGAGCCAACCAGCAUAUGUUUUUAGUGGCUCUACGGAUGUUAGAGAAGCGGAAGAAGGAACAGGAGGAACGGCAUCGGCUGAAGAACCCAUAGAGGAGCAUUCCAACAAGUCUCUCCUGACCACGGACUCUGGCGGCAAGUGCAGUCCGGCUCUGAGCAUCGCAGAGGACUCGGGGGUAGAGGAAGGACAGGGGAGCCCUGCGGAGAGCCCACAUCCCUGCGAGUUCAGGGUGGAUAAUAAUCUGCUUCUGCUGCUGAUGAUCCACGUGUUCCGAGAGAACGAGGAGCAGCUCUUCAAGAUGAUCCGGAUGAGUACAGGACACAUGGAGGGAGACCUGCAGCUGCUCUACGUGCUGCUCACCGACUGCUACAUCUACUUCCUGCGGAAAGGUGCUGCAGACAAGCCGUACAUGGUGGAAGAUGCCGUCUCGUACAAUGAGCUGGAUUACAUCUCGAUUGGCCUCGACCAGCAGACCGUGACUCUCGUGUGCACGAACAGACGGCGGCAGUUCCUGGUGGAUACAGCAGAUGUUACACUAACAGAGCUCUUCAUAGCGGCGCUGAAGUCGGCCAUGAUUAAUGGGUGUCGGGAGCCCCCUUACCCCGGAGUCCUCACAGAUGCCACAAUGGAGAGACUUGCACUCGCCAAAUUUCUGUCCCAAGAGACAAAACGAGAGGCCUCAGAGGUGGUCAUGCUGUACUACGGCCUGGUGCACUGGGAAGACCCUCUAGAAGAAGUCCAAGGGUCACCUUACUCCCACGCCUCGUCCAGAGAUCAUUCUGUGUCACAGGAGGGGGUCCUGCAUUACAAGGCCAGCACGUCAUACCUGGGCCGGGAGACUUGGAAGUCCUGCUACGUAGUGCUCAGCAGUGGGAUCUUAUACCAGUAUCCAGACAGGACCGACGUGAUCCCAAUGCUCUCCAUCAAUCUUGGGGGGGAGCAGUGUGGCGGCUGCCGACGGGCCAACACCACGGAGCGGCCCCACUCCUUCCAGGUGAUCCUCACAGACCAGCCUUCUCUGGAACUGAGUGCCGCCAACGAGGAGGAAAUGGCGGAUUGGAUGUUACACCUGUGCCAAGCGGUAUCGAAGGGGGUCAUUCCUCAGGGCACCGUCCCCUCCCCGUGUAUCCCCUGCUGCCUGGUGCUGACACAGGACAAGAUCGUCACCUGCCACCAGGACUGCCAGACCAGCUUCUUCCGAGCUCUCGGGAUCGCCAACCUGCUGGACCUGUCUUCCCUGGGCACGGUGGAUGGCAAGGAGUAUUGUAUAAUGGAGUUCACACAGGACCGUAAUCAGUUCCUGCCGCCCUGGGUCCUGUAUUUUAGCUGCAGGCCGGAGCUGGAGCGUUUUGUCUCCUCGCUGAGAGCAUUGUGGAAGUCCAUCUACCAGGUGGAUCUUCCGCAUAAGCCCAUCCUAGAGACCUCCGUAAAGAAGUGCGAGGAAGCCUUGUCCCUCAUCCACAGUAUGUGGCAGCGCAGCGACAGCCUGUGCCGCGGCCGAUCCUCACGGGACCCCUGGUGCUGAUACCAAACUGGCGUGGCCGUGGAUCCAAGCUCUGCCUGGCUGGAAGGGGCAUUCACCAGGCGUCUUGGACCGGGCGCAAAGAUUUCUGGAACUGUUCAUCUAUACAUAUAUCUAUGUGUAUAUAUAAAUAUAUAUAGGCCAAAGUGUAUAUAUUGCGCCACCUGCUGCUUCUAACCAUGUCCGUGGGGUAGUUCUGCGCUACAUAAGAGGCCAAUAGAAAGUUACUAUAGAAGUCCGGGCUGCGCCAUGUGUGGUACUGCUGUAUGGUAAGGCGUAGCGCUCUUGUAUAUGGACGCUGGAGACUGUAUGGAGCAGCGCCAUGCGUGGUUCUGCUGUAUAGUAAUGCGUAGCGCUCUUGUAUACGGACGCUGGAGACUGUAUGGAGCAGCGCCAUGCGUGGUUCUGCUGUAUGGUAAUGCGUAGCGCUCAUGUAUAUGGACGCUGGAGACUGUAUGGCGCAAUAGUUCCGCGGUAUGGCGUUCCCCUCUUGUAUACGGACUCAAGACUGUACAGAGCUGCGUAUAACGCUCUGCUUUCCCGUGUGUAAUAAGUACACGGCACGCCUGGCACAGGUUGGGGGUGCCGGAUGGCAUGAAUGGUACAAACCUGAUACCAGGGCAGAGGCCGCCGCACAUUAAACCCAUUUAUUUCUUUGCUUGAACCGCGGGAGGGAGCCCGUUGUGACCCUAUGGAAAGCUGCUGGCUCGCAGCGAAUGUAUUAUAGUUCUGCAGGACGCUUCCGGUGGGAUUGGGCGGGUGGAGUGGGACGGUCUGCGGGCUGAGUGUGUCAGGGGAGUAUGUAAUGAGUGAGCGCAGGACGAGACGGCCUGUAACGACGUAAGUGGGAGUAUUAUGCCCUAACAGAUUUGCUGCUUUUUAGAUUUUAACAAUUUGUACAGAUGUUGCUCCGGGUGUAAGCGGAGGCUCUGCGAUUAAAUGAACACUAUAUGUGACCCGCUGUGGGGUAUGCGCUGGUGUUGCUGCCCUGCAAAGGGAUUUAUGUCUUCUAUACUAGGGGUAGGCAACAUGAGGCAAUCCAGCUGCUGCGGAACUACACAUCCCAGCAUGCCCUGCCACAGUUUUGUUAGGGCAGGGGUAUGCUGGGAUGUGUAGUUGCCCGGCAGCUGGCGUGUCACGUAGUGCCCGCCCUCUAUACUGUGCCUUCAGUCUAGUGUGUAGCAAUGGUUUAUCGGAGCAGGGAGCUGAGCUGCGGCUACCAGGGACUCGUGCUGAGUGCGCUUAUAUAUCCUGUGUGAUACAUGGAACAGUGCUGCCCCCUGCCUGUAGCAGGUGGGUAAUGCAGCACAUGUGUUGGACGGCUGUGGCCUUGUAGUUGCUCAUAUAGCUUUAUGUGUGCAGCUCUGAACUUGUAUCAUUUAUUAUGGGAGGACUGUAUACUGCCCUCUGCUGGUCUAAAGGUUCAACAAGACCAGGGUAUGGCGAGGCUUGUGCUCUAACAACGUGAUUGUACAAGCGAACGUAGGUGCGUAUCCUUCAUCUCUCUCCUCCGAGAUUGUGGUAUCGCGGUGUGACUAUGCUACUGUGAUUGGCCCGGACUGGUAAAAAUGGAGAGACGUUAAAUUCUUUAUUUGUGAUAUUGUUGAGCUAUAGCUAGAGCAAUUGUUUCUGGUACUGCUGAGGUAUAGCCAGAGAGAUGUAGUGCCGGUAUCGGAUACUGCUGAGGUAUAGUCAGAGAGAUGUAGUGCUGGUAUUGGAUACUGCUGAGGUAUAUGCAGAGAGAUGUAGUGCCGGUAUCGGAUACUGCUGAGGUAUAGCCAGAGAGAUGUAGUGCCGGUAUUGGAUACUGCUGAGGUAUAGUCAGAGAGAUGUAGUGCCGGUAUUGGAUACUGGUGAGGUAUAGUCAGGGAGAUGUAGUGCCGGUAUUGGAUACUGCUGAGGUAUAUGCAGGGAGAUGUAGUGCCGGUAUUGGAUACUGCUGAGGUAUAGUCAGGGAGAUGUAGUGCCGGUAUUGGAUACUGCUGAGGUAUAGUCAGGGAGAUGUAGUGCCGGUAUUGGAUACUGCUGAGGUAUAGCCAAAAAGAUGAAGUGCCGGUAUUGGAUACUGCUGAGGUAUAGCCAGAGAGAUGUAGUGCUGGUAUUGGAUACUGCUGAGGUAUAUGCAGAGAGAUGUAGUGCCGGUAUUGGAUACUGCUGAGGUAUAUGCAGGGAGAUGUAGUGCCGGUAUUGGAUACUGCUGAGGUAUAUGCAGAGAGAUGUAGUGCCGGUAUUGGAUACUGCUGAGGUAUAAUCAGAGAUGUAGUGCCAGUAUUGGAUACUGCUGAGGUAUAGCCAGAGAGAUGUAGUGCCGGUAUCGGAUACUGCUGAGGUAUAGUCAGAGAGAUGUAGUGCCGGUAUCGGAUACUGCUGAGGUAUAGCCAGAGAGAUGUAGUGCCGGUAUCGGAUACUGCUGAGGUAUAUGCAGGGAGAUGUAGUGCCGGUAUUGGAUACUGCUGAGGUAUAGUCAGAGAGAUGUAGUGCCGGUAUUGGAUACUGCUGAGGUAUAGUCAGAGAGAUGUAGUGCCGGUAUUGGAUACUGCUGAGGUAUAUGCAGAGAGAUGUAGUGCCGGUAUCGGACACUGCUGAGGUAUAGUCAGGGAGAUGUAGUGCCGGUAUUGGAUACUGCUGAGGUAUAGUCAGGAAGAUCUAGUGCCGGUAUUGGAUACUGCGGAGGUAUAUGCAGGGAGAUGUAGUGCCGGUAUUGGAUACUGCGGAGGUAUAUGCAGGGAGAUGUAGUGCCGGUAUCUGAUACUGCUGAGGUAUAGUCAGAGAGAUGUAGUGCCGGUAUUGGAUACUGCUGAGGUAUAGUCAGGGAGAUGUAGUGCCGGUAUUGGAUACUGCUGAGGUAUAGUCAGGGAGAUGUAGUGCCGGUAUUGGAUACUGCUGAGGUAUAGUCAGGGAGAUGUAGUGCCGGUAUUGGAUACUGCUGAGGUAUAUGCAGGUAGAUGUAGUGCCGGUAUUGGAUACUGCUGAGGUAUAUGCAGGGAGAUGUAGUGCCGGUAUUGGAUACUGCUGAGGUAUAGCCAGAGAGAUGUAGUGCCGGUAUUGGAUACUGCUGAGGUAUAGCCAGAGAUAUGUAGUGCCGGUAUUGGAUACUGCUGAGGUAUAUGUAGGGAGAUGUAGUGCCGGUAUUGGAUACUGCUGAGGUAUAGUCAGAGAGAUGUAGUGCCGGUAUUGGAUACUGCUGAGGUAUAUGCAGGGAGAUGUAGUGCCGGUAUUGGAUACUGCUGAGGUAUAUGCAGGGAGAUGUAGUGCCGGUAUUGGAUACUGCUGAGGUAUAUGCAGGGAGAUGUAGUGCCGGUAUUGGAUACUGCUGAGGUAUAGCCAGAAUGGAUCUGCUUUGCUGAUAUGUGAAUGAAGUGAUAACACACCUCCUUAGUGCCCUCUACAGGGUACUUUCUGUAACUGCAGAGACAAGGACAUGCACCAGUAUUCCUAUGUAAGAAUUGGAGCAUAAGGGUGCAGCUCAGCUCUGAGUUUUGCUCCGCACAGUUAGUGAUAUAUAGUAAGUAACCCCAUAUUUACAUAGCAUGACGUCUCCUGCAUGGUAACUCCAGCCCUUACUUUUAUAUUUUACUUAGUUGCUUGAGUCCAGAUCAUGAGAACAUAAUUUAUUUAACCCUUUGCACUGAAUGAUGGCGUGGAGAGGACGGCGCUGUUCUGUAAUAAUACGUUACUUUGCACACUUUGUGGCGUGUGGUGGGGACGCCAUCUGCGGGCACGCACAGGGUCGGUAACCUCUAUCAUUGCCGCUCCAAUGCCGAACGCUGGGCUGUCUGAUACUGGAAAAUACUCAUGUUGAGUGUUGUUAUUCUGUGGUUACUUUACAGAGCACAGACCAAGGUUUUAAUGUGCAGAAUAAAUUAACAGAAAAUAUAACAAAUCUCUAACUCUGGUCUCCGAUAAAGGACGGCUUAUCCUUAAAUCACGUUAUAAUCUACUUAUACACCCCGGCGGGUCAUGUUUCAGGGUUCUGUACAGGUUCCCCAUCACAAACCUGUCUGUCUGUUUUUUGUUUUUGGGUUUUUUAUUUUUAUUUUUUAUUUGUGCUUUUAAGGAUGUCCUGUAAUCCAUGUUACAAAAUAAAAUAUCAAAUUAAA